AUGCUCGACCGGCAGGUCGAACGCUUCUCAGACCGGGAAGCGCUCGUCCACAACGAGACUGGAGCACGGUACACCUACACAGAGUUCCGCAACGAGGUGGAGCGGGUCGCCCGCGGGUUGAUGGCACUGGGCGUCCAACGCGGACAUCACGUUGGCAUCUGGGCCACCAACUACACCGAAUGGGUUCUGACCCAGUUCGCCACCGCAAAAAUCGGAUCGGUGAUGGUCAAUGUCAACCCCGCCUACCGCACCCACGAGCUGGCCUAUCUGUUGGAGCAGUCGGAGGCCAACGCUCUGAUCCUCAUCGGACGAUUUCGCAACUCAGACUACGCGGCCAUGCUCAACGAAGUGGUCCCGGAUCUGAAAGACUCCAAUCCGGGAGAGUUAAGCAACUCGCGGUUCCCCUACCUGCGAGACGUGGUUUACAUCCCGCCGUUCGGAGACAGCGGAAUGUGGUCGUGGGCGGAAAUGGUGGGGAGGCACACCGAGGUCUCACCGGAGCAAUUAGCGGCGAGGCAGGCCGAAUGCCAGCCCGACGACCCGGUAAACAUUCAGUACACCUCCGGCACCACCGGCAACCCCAAGGGCGCCAUGCUCACCCAUCACAACCUGGUGUCCAACGCCGUUUUCGUCGGUGACUGCAUUGAACUCACCGAGCAUGACCGCCUGUGCAUCCCGGUGCCUUUCUACCAUUGCUUUGGCUGCGUCAUGGGGAAUCUGGGCUGCAUCACCCACGGGUCGGCCAUCAUCAUUCCCGCAGAGCACUUCGACCCGUUGAAGACACUGCAGGCGCUGGACCGCGAGCGUUGCACCGCCUUAUACGGCGUCCCAACCAUGUUCAUCGCGCAGUUGGACCAUCCGCAGUUCGACAGCUUCGACGUUUCGUCGCUCCGUACUGGCAUCAUGGCCGGGUCCCCCUGCCCAAUCGAGGUGAUGCGGCAGGUCAUCGACCGGAUGGGCGCGCACCAGAUGACCAUCGCCUACGGCCAGACCGCUGCCACUCUCCACACGGCUCAUCACACACCAGACCCUUCACCAAACUACCGCGCACACUCCGAGCGCUCGAGCGCCGGUGUUCUCACCGCUCGGCAAGUGCUGCCCGGAACCAACCUGGAGGUCAACCCCGGCGUCCAGGGGGAACUGCAGGCCCGCAGCUCAAUGGUAAUGCGGAGCUACUAG